AUGUCUUGGAUGAAGCGGCCACAGGGUGGCACGGCACCGCCGCCGGGCCCCGAGCGACAGUCCUACGCCGCACCCCAGGUACAGGCAUUUGGGAACCAACAGAACAUGUACCCAAAUUAUCAAGCAGGUACAGCUACAGGCAAUGUUCAACCACAGCAAUUCUGGCAGGUGCCACCCCAGCAACAGGGCCAGUAUGGUCAGCAAUUUGGACAAGUUUACCAGCAGCAAGACUAUCCUCCCAAUGCUAACCAGUUUUAUCAGCAACCAGCUCCAAACCAGUUCAACCAGAACUACACCAGUCAAGGUUUUAAUAACACUCAAACCCAAAGUUACCAGCAAAAUUAUUACCCAACUGAAGGCGCCACACAACAGAACUUUCAACAAAAUAAGCCCAAUGCUGACAGUUGGGAAGACAACUGGGACUGGGGAUGGGAGGAAUCAGCUAAACAAGCUCAGAAAGCCAACCAGAAUGCUGGCCAGCAACCUGCACCUCCUCAACAGGCAGCCUUCAAUAAUGCUAAUGUUAUAGAAGAGAGUUUUGCUUCAACUGAUAGCUGGAAUUGGUCAAUGGAUGAAAAGAAAGAGUCAAAGACGCCUGUGUCUGUCCCUCAAAACAAUGAAAAUAAAGAACCUUUCUCUCUUCCCACAAAGCCUGCAGCAAGUAGUAACUCUGAGUCUGAACCACUGAAUAACAUGCCUCCCGCACAUAUUGAGGAAGUUCGGAGCUUGAAUGAUAAAGAAGUGGUAAGGGAGCGUCUGCCUAAUCUAGCUUUAGGUAAACGCUUCCAUUUAGACAAUUUAACACCGCAGUGGUCCAUAGAAUCCCAAAUGUCCCAAGAAUCAAGUGAUGGGCCUCACACUCACUCUGAAGGAACUUAUAGGAGUGAUAAUCAAUCUAGGAACUCUAGUAAAAGCAGUCCAGGGUUAAAUACAGACAACUCUAACUUUAAUUAUUCUCAAGUGGGCCUUGAUGAAAAUUUCCCUCAGAACAAUGAAUGGUCAAGACCAACAGAUGAACCCCCCACUGACCAUGUUCAAAGUAAAAGCAGACGUGAAAGUCAAGAUGAGCUAUCUGGGUCUCUGCAAGAACUGAAUUUGAACAACCAUAAAAAACCAUCAACAGAUACAUUACACCAGAGCCAUAACGAUGAUUCUGGCAGUCAUGAUUUGGGUCCUGCAACACAUCCCCUCCCUGCUGUGUCUCCAUUCAGUUUUCCAAGUCCGAAUCCAGCAUCGAAUGUGGUUCCACCUGUUACCAACAUGCCUCCUCCACCACCAGUUUCAUCUACAUCAUUACCUUCAAGUGCAUCCUCCUCUUCUGCACUACCAGCUGCUUCUUCUUCCUCAGCAAUACCUCCUCCAAAUUUCCCACCACCCACUUCAAAUCAAAAUCCUUUCAAAAUGAAUGCAGGCCCAUUCUCUCACAAAACGAUAGCUAAAGUGUCAACUAGUGCUACAAGUGCACAGCCAUUCCCAGCACCUAGUGCGACUCUGGCAUCUCCUGCAGUUGUUAGCAAAGUAUCUCAGCACAACAGAGUGUCACAGGGUUUUGAAGCAAACCUGGAAACUACACCAGAUAAUUCAGAACGACCAGACCAGCCUCAAAUAUCAGCGUUUCGACCAUUGCCUGUCUCGCAACAGGUACCCGAUAAUAUGGAGAUAGCCCCACAAAAUGACAGAAACGAAUAUCUACAAACAGCACAUCUGUCAAGUAGUGAUUAUGAAGGAAAUACAGACUUUAGUAGAGGCCCACCUCCGCCUGGGUUGCGACGAAUGGUAGUUGGUCAACAACAAUCUGAAUAUAAUCAAAAUUUGAAUAUUUCCGGAGAUGAACCUCCGCCUGGCUUGGCUAGAAUGGUGCCAGGUCAACAGACCGAAUCUGUAAAUGCAUACAAUCAAACCGGAGAAAAUUAUUUAGACCGUCAUAUUGACGGACAGCCAACUGAAAAUAGCGCCCGUCCUUACCGCCAGGCUGAUGGGCAACAAACACCAGACAAUUACACACAGGCGCCGCCAGCCAGGGCCGCAGAGAGACGACCUAUAGGGCUUGACAGAAUGGUUCCAGGCGAACCAAGCAACGAUGAGUAUUCGCAAUAUCCAACUUCCAACUAUGCUGGCACGAACGAACACCGCGUGGUCACAGGUCUGGACCACGACUUCUCUAUGCCGACUGACGCCGGGCCACCAGAUGUUAGAGAACAAAAUGUCGACGGUUCUGAUUAUACUGAACAUAGUUCCAGGAAUCCACAGAGGAACAUAAUAGGUGCUAGGGAGUCCAGUAACGACGUCUCUCCGGAUUUCAGCGCACCACCAGAUGAUCAGCAGAGAGAAGUUACUAUGGAGGGUGAAAACCUGCAAGAUUUGAGCAUAAUUUCUUCAACAGAACUAACGUACUCACGAGAACAAGUAUUGGAUGGCGCUGAUAUUACACUCGCAGAUAUCCCUACUGACAGAAAGACUGAUUUAUCGGAUUCCAUAGACCACCCUACGACAAGUUCUAGGCGCCAAUCUCUAAAUAGAGUUAAUACUUCGGGGGAAGACUCUGAAAGAGAUAGAGCAUUCAAAUCAUCGCCAAGAAGAGACAGAGACAAGCAUAAGUCGACCAGAGAUAGAGAUUCGAAGCGGGACAGAGACCGCGAUCGAGAGAGAGAGAGGGAACGAGACAGAGAACGUGACAAAGACGGCAGGUACUCUCGCGGCGACCGAAAGUACGAGCCUGACAGGAGAUCCGGCAGGGAGGAGCGCCGCGAGCGAGACGCCUACCCGCGCGAGCGUCGCGACCGCGACAGUCCGGACGCGCGCCGCCACCGCCGCACGCGCGCGCCGCGCUACGAGACCGAGGACACGGACUACUACAGCGACCGGGAGAGAGAUCGAAGGCGCCAUCGCGAGGGCUCGUACACUUCUUCCAAACCGCCCCGUCCGGAAGACAAAGAGCGGCGGUACGUCGAAGAGCGAGACCGCAACAAACGGUACCACACCAUAGAACGAGACAGACGAUAUGACGACGACCGCGAGAGGCGCGAGCGGCGGCGCGGCGACCGCUACCGCGACCGCUACGAGCGCGCCUACCGCGACAUCGACCCCUCGCGCAAGCACGGCAACCUGCGCGCGCAGCGCGACGAGGACGCUAGGAGAGGCGAGCUGUCGGCGGCGUCGCGGCCCGAGUCGCGCGAGGCGCCCGCCACCGACGACGACACGCACGAGGCGCGCCGCCGCGCACGCGCGCGCCGCACCGCCGAGCCCUUCUAUGACGAGUACGGCACCGGAAUGGGUGGCGGGUACGCAGACCCGUACCUGGUGCAGCGGCAGCAGUACCAGUACUACGAGCACCUGCGGCUCACCAACCCCGCCGCCUACAUGCAGGUGUACAAGCAGCUGAUGGCGGGCCACGCGCCGCCCGUGCCGUCCUACUUCACCCCGAUCACAGAGCUGGGCGGCGCGCCGUACGAGGAGCGGCGUGAGGACCGCGGCAGCGUGCACUCCGGCCGCUCCAGCGCCGCCGGCCUCAAGGGGAACGACACGGACCUGAACACGGACAUGUCGCUGAACCUGCACCUGGAGGAGUCGACCGUGCGGUCCGAGAGGAUGACGCCGUUCCGGUACUCCACGGCGCACACCAAGGGCAGCGUGGCGUCGCGCGACGUGGUGCUGGUGGCGGCCGGGUACCCGGCGGACGGCGCGCCGGGCCCCGUGCGCGUGCUGUCGCUGGCGGCGGCGCUGCAGCGGCUGCCGGACGCGGCGGAGCUGGCCGCCUACCCCGGCCCUCUGCUCAAAGGCACCACGCACAAGAAGAGUGUGAUCGAAUACUGCAAGCUGCGCGCGCGCAGUGCGGCCCACGAGGGCGCGCGUGACGUCACGGGCUACGUGCUGCUGUGGGAGCUGCUGGCGCUCAUGCUGCGGCAGAACGGGGUGGUGGUAGGCUCAGACAUAGCGGAGCUGCUGAUGAAGAACACCCAGGAGUACCCGGACACGGCAGCAACCAGCAGGCGCGGCUCCGGCGCCGAGCCCCGCGAGUCUUGGCCCGAGCCCCGCGACUCCCGGUCCGAGCCCCGCGACGAGGACAACUACUCGCCCGACCAGCUCGCGCCGCCCGCGCCGCCCGCGCCUUCAAUGGACGACAUGAACCGCGAUGCAGCGAGCUGUGUGGACGAGGGCGCUGCACUGGACCGUCUGCGGGAGCUGCUCAUAUACGGGAACAGGCAGGAGGCACUCGAGACGGCGAUGCGCUGCGGGCUGUGGGCGCACGCGCUGGCGCUGGGCGCGGCGGGCGGGCGGCGCGCGCGCGCGCUGGUGGCGGCGCGCUGGCUGGCCGCGCUGCCGCCCGCCGACCCGCUGCACUCGCUGCACGCCGCGCUGGCCGCCGCGCCCGUGCCCGCCGCCACCGGCGUGGCGGAGGCGCGCUGGGCCGACUGGCGGCCGCACGCCGCCAUCUUGCUGGCCAACCCCACGCCGCGCGCCGACCUCGACCGCCGCACGCUCCUGCAGUUCGGAGACAGUCUGGCGGCGCGCGGCCUGCUGUACUCGGCGCAGUUCUGCUACAUAGCGGCCGGCGAGCAACUGGCGCGCCACCCGCUGGCGCCGCUGGCGGGCCCCGGCGGCCCCGGCGGCCCCGGCGGCCCCGGCGACCCCGCGGGCCCCGCGCCGCGCCUGUCGCUGCUGCUGGCUGAGCCCCGUGCGCCCACGCUGGCACAGUUCGCGCACAAUAAGGCUCUGUUCGCCACCGAGAUCUACGAGUACGCCAUGUCGCUGAACCAGGAUGACUUCGUCCUCGCCGAGUUCCAGGCGUACAAGCUGGUGCUGGGCGUGCGGCUGGCGGACGCCGGGCUGUACGAGCGCGCGCUGGCGUACAGCGAGGCGGCCGCGCGGGGCGUGGCGCGGGCGCCGCAGCGGUACCCGCGCGCGCUGCUGCGGGCGCUGGCGGCGCUGGCGGAGCGCCUGCAGCACCACGACCCGGCACUGCUGGAGCCGGCGCCCGAGGACGCCGACAGCACGGAGACGUCGCCGCGCCACCUGCGUCACUGGCUGGACGACGUCCGCCAGGCCGCCGACGCCGCCGAUGCCGCGCUGCCGUGGGCGGGCGCGGCGCAUGCGCAGGCGGCGGGCGCGGGGCCGUGGCCGGGACAGGGACAGGGGGCGCAGUACCCGCCGCAGCCGGCGCCAUACACCGCGCCGAACGAGGAGGCUCCCGACUACGCCGCGCAAUACUACGCUCAGCAACCACAGCUCGCCCAGCAAACACAGCUGGACCAACAGCAACAACAGCUCGCUCAGCAACAGCUCGGCCAGCAUCAACAGCUUAGCCAGCAACAACAGCUCGGCCAACAACAACAGCUCGAGCUGCAGCAGGAGCCGCUACAGCAGCAGCCGGCGGCGGAGGAGCCGGCGCAGUACGCGCAGUACGAGGACUGGGGCCGCGCCCCCGAGCCGGGCCCCUACGCCGACCCCUACUGGCAGCCCGACUCCUACUCCUAUGGAGAGGGCGAGGCGCCGCAGAUCAGUAUGCCGGGCUCCCGCCGCAGCGAGCCGGCCGCGCACGACGAGGAGCCCGACACGGAGCCUGCGAAGACUCCGAGCAACAAGAAGCAGGAGGACAAGCCCAAGGCGGAGGGCGGCAAGGACGGGAAGGCCAGCAAGGGCGGCUGGCUGGGCGGCAUCCUCACCAAGCUGUCGCUGCGGCCGCCCAACCAGAUGAUCCUGCCCGACGACAAGAACCCCACCAUCGUGUGGGACGCGGACACGAAGCGAUGGCGCAACCUGGACGGCGACAGCGAGGACAGCGCGCCGCCGCCGCCGCCGCCGCGCGACGCGCCGCCCGCCCUGCAGAGCACGUCUCCUCCUCCGCCGUCAGUCGGCGCUCCGCCCGCCGCCGGCGCUCCGCCCUCCGUUCCCGUCUCUAACAUAUUCAAAAUGCAGAAAGGAAGACACAUCAAGAAGUCGUACGUGGACGUGCUGAACCCCGGCGGCGCGGCCCCCGGGGCGGGCCCCGCGCCGGCCCCAGUGCUGGGCCCCAGCGUGCCGCUGCAGCCGCCGCCCAGCUACUUCGUGCCCGCGCCACUGCCGCAGAGCGGAGUGUACGAGGCGCCCCUGGCGGAGGGCGAGCGCGACCCGUACGAGCACUCCGGCAUCUAG